AUUUGCAGACGACAGGCAUUCUGACAGCAAAUCAAUUUUACUAAACAGCUGGAUCGCUAUUGAAUAUAAGUAAAGGACCCAGUUGGGAACUGAUCCACCCAAUUGUAUUAAUAAUGUUGAAGAAUUAGUUGCCACUUGUUAAUUGAAAACUAGAAAAAAAAAGAUGGAUGGAGAUAAGAUUACUUCAAACUUCCUGCGUACGGCCCUGGAAACUUCCUCGGAGAACAGACUAAUGAGAGAUCAAUCCAACAAAGAAGCAGUUCACACUACUCGUAAGCCAACAGAAGAAGGAUGUUCAUUUGGUGUAAUUCGUCAACAAAUGUCACAUCAGAAUUAUCUUACAAAUUCUGACAGCCAUGGCCAUGAAGAUUCUGACGCUAACCCUGUUAAACCCCACCUCUCUUCAUCAUUAUUGUUGCAGCAGCAAACAUAUCUGUCACACAUGGGGCAACAAUCUAUGGUUAACAUUACUGGUGGAAUGAUUUCCACAAACUCAACAAAUACAGUAAUAACAUCCAUUCAUCAAUAUCCGUACGACUAUAACUCAUCGAAUUCAAACGUUGAUGGAAGUGGAGGUUAUCAACAUGGGACAACAGGAACCAAUAAUUCAGCUCUCUCUCAGUCAGCCGGACAUCAAGGUCUAGGAUUAACAGCCGCUUCGUCAUCCGGAAUCGGACAGUACCAGCAUUAUCCGUACCAUUCCAAAUCAACUGAUUUAGCCAUGGCCAAGAGCUCCGUAAAUGUAAUAGAUCAACAGCAUCCAACUUCUGUUGCAUCUUCAGCAAUGAGUACUUCUACUCCGACGAACGGUAAUGCGGUAUCCCAACAGGCGACCAACGGGGUGAAGAAAGAUUUGAAUUCUGAAGUUGGUAGAAAUGACCUCCCAUCAUCUUCUGUUUCUCAUCCACCCACCACUGUGGCAGCUCCAGUACAACAACAACAAGAAAAUCUUCCCUAUUAUUCAGAAGCACAGUACGGCUACAAUUCGUCUAAUUCAAACAUGGAUGGAAGCGGUGGUUAUCAACAUGGAACAACAUGUACUAACAAUUCUGCCCUUUCACAGUCGGCAGGGCACCAGCAAGAUCAGGGACUAACCGCAGCAUCCUCUGGAAUGGGACAAUACCAGCAAUAUCCCUACAAUCCAGUUAACUCUAUCUCUCCUUCCGACAAAAUACUCCAGUCAGUUCUUACUCGCGAUCCCACCAUUGCCCACUUACCGGUUGACGUUGUCCCAACAAAUACGGUCGCUGGGAACACUACCAUAACAACAAGUUACAGCAACCUGGAGGUUUUAACGAUUUUGGACACAUCGGGUCCUGCUCCUACUACAAGCGAUCUUCCCGAAGCACAACUAAGCGAAGCUUUACUUCUCAGCGUCAAUAAAAGAGAGACAACGACCCUGACCAAGUCGACUACCAAGGUGAUUGCCAAUACUUCUGAUAUAAUCAAGUCAGAUACGAAUGCGUCUUCCGAAGCUUAUGUAAUGCCCUCGAACGAUCUGUUUCCUGGUGAAGUUGUGUCAUUGGAGGAAUCGCCUAUGAAGAAAGCAAAGCUAGGCUAGGCUUAUGGAUCUAAGAACACUGAUUACCACCUUCAAUUUGUUUCUAAUUUGCAAGCUAAUUUUACAUCAGAAAAAAAAAACAUUCGAAAAUAAAUAAAAUUUAUGAUAAA